GAAGACCUAAAACAAAUGUUGGAAAGCAGUAAAGAUUCUGCAAAGCUGGAUGCUAUGAAAAGGAUUGUUGGGAUGAUUGCAAAGGGAAAAAAUGCUUCUGAACUGUUUCCUGCUGUUGUGAAGAAUGUUGCCAGUAAAAAUAUUGAGAUAAAAAAGCUUGUGUAUGUUUAUCUGAUGCGUUACGCAGAGGAGCAGCAAGAUCUAGCAUUAUUGUCCAUCAGUACUUUCCAGCGUGCUUUAAAAGAUCCUAAUCAGCUAAUUCGUGCAAGUGCUUUAAGAGUUCUAUCCAGUAUCCGUGUCCCAAUUAUUGUUCCUAUUAUGAUGCUUGCUAUUAAGGAAGCCUCUUCUGAUUUGUCUCCUUAUGUGAGGAAGAAUGCAGCCCAUGCAAUCCAAAAACUGUACAGUCUUGAUCCAGAGCAAAAGGAAAUGUUAAUUGAAGUGAUAGAAAAGCUUUUGAAGGAUAGAAGUACGCUGGUAGCUGGGAGCGUUGUGAUGGCAUUUGAGGAAGUGUGUCCAGAUAGAAUAGAUCUGAUUCACAAGAACUACCGAAAGCUCUGUAACUUGUUGGUUGACGUGGAAGAGUGGGGUCAAGUUGUUAUAAUCCACAUGUUAACUCGAUAUGCACGUACACAGUUUGUAAGCCCAUGGAAGGAUGAUGAGGCAGGGGAAGAAUAUAGUGAAAAUAAUUUCUAUGAAUCUGAUGAAGAACAGAAAGAAAAGGAUCGGAAAGUGAAAGCCACCUAUAUUAUGGACCCAGAUCACAGGCUGCUGUUACGAAAUACAAAGCCCUUGCUUCAAAGCCGAAAUGCUGCUGUGGUAAUGGCAGUUGCACAGCUUUACUGGCAUUUGGCACCAAAAUCCGAAGCUGGUAUUGUUUCUAAGUCAUUGGUGCGUUUACUCCGUAGCAAUAGGGAGGUGCAGUAUAUUGUUCUGCAAAAUAUUGCCACUAUGUCAAUUCAGAGAAAGGGUAUGUUUGAACCUUAUCUGAAGAGUUUCUAUGUUAGAUCAACUGAUCCAACAAUGAUCAAAACACUGAAGCUUGAAAUCUUGACAAAUUUAGCAAAUGAAGCCAACAUAUCAACUCUGCUUCGAGAAUUUCAGACUUACGUGAAAAGCCAAGAUAAACAGUUUGCUGCAGCUACAAUUCAGGCUAUAGGCAGAUGUGCAACUAACAUCACCGAAGUGACUGACACAUGCCUUAACGGCCUCGUAUGUUUGCUGUCCAACAGGGAUGAAAUUGUAGUUGCUGAAAGUGUUGUUGUCAUUAAGAAACUGCUGCAAACCCAGCCAGCACACCAUGGUGAAAUUAUUAAGCAUAUGGCCAAACUCCUGGAUAACAUUACAGUUCCGGUAGCCAGAGCCAGCAUUCUCUGGCUCAUUGGCGAGUACUGUGAACGGGUUCCAAAGAUUGCACCUGAUGUUUUGAGAAAGACAGCCAAGAGCUUCACUAACGAAGAUGACCUUGUAAAGUUGCAGAUCUUAAAUUUGGGCGCAAAACUCUACUUAACAAACUCAAAGCAGACAAAAUUGCUUACCCAGUACGUAUUAAAUCUCGGCAAGUAUGAUCAAAGCUACGACAUCAGAGACCGUACAAGAUUUAUUAGGCAGCUUAUUGUUCCGAAUGAGAAGAGUGGAGCUUUAAGCAAAUAUGCCAAAAAAAUAUUCCUGGCACAGAAACCUGCCCCAUUGCUUGAGUCUCCUUUUAAAGAUCGGGAUCAUUUCCAGCUUGGCACCUUGUCUCACACGCUGAACAGCCGAGCCACUGGCUACCUGGAGCUGUCCGACUGGCCAGAGGUGGCGCCUGACCCCUCCGUCCGAAACGUUGAGGUAGCUGAGUCGCCAAAGGAAUGGACUGGAAUUCUAGGUAAGACAAAGAAAGAGAAGCCUGCUGAAAAGUUUUACUCUGAGUCAGAAGAGGAGGAAGAUGAGUCUGCCAGUACCAGUGCAUCAGAGAGUGAGUCUGGCAGUGAAAGUGAGAAGGAAGAUAAGGAGGAAGGCAGCAGUGAUGAGAGUAGUGGCAGUUCCUCUUCCAGUGGAGAAUCAAGUGACAGUGAAUCAGACAACAAAGAAAAUACUGCAAAGAAAACAUCUAGAGCUGCUGAUGAAAGUGAUUCAGAGGACAUUAAAAAGAAAGCAAAGGCGAUCUCCAGAAAGAGGAGCACAUCUAGUUCCUCUGAUACAGAGUCCACUUCAUCAGAAGAAAGUUCUUCAGACUCCAAGUCAGAAUCAGACUCUAAAAGUGACUCUGAGUCUGGAAAAUCUAGAAGUGCUACGUCUAGUAAGAAAGAAGAAAAAACAAUACAAGAUAGAAAAGCUCCAAAUAAACAAGACGUGUUUCUCUUAGAUUUAGAUGAUUUCUGUCCUGUGCCAACUCCUGUGGCAGUUCCUACAGCGGCUGUUUUGUCCCCAAGUUUAACAGCAGACCUAGAGGGAUUAAGUCUGUUGAGUUCAUCAGUCAUUGAUGUCACUACCCAAGUUUCUGUGCCAACAAAAACACAUGAACUGCUUCAUCGAAUGAGUGGAAAAGGAUUAGCAGCUCAUUAUCACUUCUCAAGACAGCCAGGCAUUUUUGGUGAUUGUAUGGUAUCUGUGCAAGUGACAGUAACAAAUACAACUGAUCAGAAGAUAGAGAAUAUUCACAUUGGGGAGAAGAAAUUACCUCCAGGCAUGAGGAUGCAUGAGUUUAAUCCAAUAGAGUGCCUUGAGCCUGCAGGAUCCAUUACCGUUUCAAUGGGUAUUGACUUCUGUGAUUCUACUCAGACUGCCAGUUUCCAGCUAUG